UUUGUUCAUCUCCCCAGGCACGUGUGCGUCUGUAUGUGUUUGUUAGUAUCGAUGUGUAUGUAUGUGUACCCCCAAUGGGGGAGAGAAAAAAAAUCGAAGAGUGGUGUGAAAAAAGUGUGAAAAAUCAAUUCAGAGCUGAUUAUUGAAUGGUAGUGUCAAUGUGAAAACGAGCCGUAGCAUCGUUAAAUCUUUAAAGCCUCAAAAUACUUCAGAUGAUCGAUUGAGGUGAUCGCACGUCUCUAGUUAGAAAAAAGGAAGAUCCCGUUGUUGUCUAGGAGGCAAAGUCUGUGAAGAAAAAUUCACGCUGUGAAAAUGUUGAAAAUUCAAAUGCUCGAACAGAUCGUGACGAACGAGAACGUAAUCGACGAUGACGAUCAGCAGCGGCACGGUGGGAAUGGUGCGGGCAGGGGUGGUGGCGGUGCCGGUGCCCUGUCACCUGGUGGACCGCUAGCAGCCAGUUCCACACCCGGCAGUGCCAAUCUCAGCCCGAUCGGCACCAAAAGCUCACCGGACCGUGGUGGUUCCGGACCGGACGAUGAAACGCGCAGUCUUAAUCGUAGCGCACGCUUAUCACCACAAGGGCGUCAACAUAUGGGCGGGUGGACAACGGCAGCGGCAAACGCGAAACAGAAUGGUCUGUCCGCGGCGUCGAACGCUCCGAGCAGCAAGAGCGCCACCACGAGCCCGGAUCGGUUGCGCGGUGCAACGCACGAUCUGUUCGAACUGCUCGAACGCGUCCAAUGCUCGCGCCUGGACGAUCAGCGCUGCGUUCUACCAUCGUACUUCACACAGGUGCGUACCGUGAGCACGGGCACAAAAACUCGAAUGGUUUGCAUUAACACACGGAGUGCCGAUGAACGAAUCGCGAACCCGCACAGCGCGAAUGAGUCGACAAACAACCUUACCGUACAAAUACCCCAGUCGAUGGGUGGCGGCAACACGCGAUCGCUACUGCGCCACUCGAACAGCAUGUCGUCGAAUCCGCACUCGACCUCCAACUCGACACCGGCCUCGCCGCACCUGCUGUCCAACAGCUCCAGCGUCCAUCUGCAUCACAGCAACGGUGUCGGGAGUCUGCACCACCACCAGCAACAGCAUCCACAGUAUCAGUCGCAAUCGUCGGUGAGCUCGCAGUCGUCCUCGAUCAUUUCGACCGUGCCGCCGGUCCAGCGGCUGCUGGAGGAUGCGCUCAGCAAACCGGCACCCCAUCCGAUGAUCGUCGUGCCGAACAGUGGCGGAUACUGGGUGGACGGUACGGAUCAUGACGCGUCGUACGAGGUGCCCGCCCACACGACCUGGCGCGUGGGAAAGAUCGAAUCGGACGACACGGCCAAAUGCUACCGACGGUUCUUUAUCUCGCGCGAGCACUCCAACCUGGUCGGGCAUGACGAUCAGCUCGGUCCGGUGCUGCUGUCCAUCAAGUCGGAGAACGUCGCCAGCCAGGAACACAUCCGGAUACUGUUGCGGCUGCGUACCGGCACGAUGCAUGAGCUGAUACCGGCGUCCUGUCUCGGCAGUAGCCCGUCCCCGAUCAAGAUGGCACGGCUGCUGAACGAACAGAUCAACGUGGAUACGUUCAUGCCGGUGCUGUGCCCGAAAGCGUCCGCGCUGAUUGCCAGCUACGACGAGCAUGUGCUGGUGACGAACUUUAAGUUCGGUGUGCUGUACCAGCGCUUCGGUCAGACGACGGAGGAGGAGCUGUUCUGUAACAGCGAAACGACAUCGGCCUUUGAUGAGUUCCUGGACGUGCUUGGUCAGCGCAUUAGGCUCCGCGAUCACAAGGGUUACCGCGGUGGACUGGACAUCCAGAACGGGCACACCGGCGAUACGGCGGUGUACGAUGUGUUUAAGGAGCGUGAGAUCAUGUUCCACGUCUCGACCUUGCUGCCGUACACCGAGGCCGAUCCGCAGCAGCUACAACGCAAGCGACACAUCGGCAACGAUAUCGUGGCGAUCGUGUUCCAGGAGGAGAACACACCCUUCUCACCGGCCAUGAUUGCGAGCCACUUCCUGCACGCGUUCAUCGUGGUGCAGCCGAUCGAACCAAACACGCCGAACUGUCGGUACAAGAUAUCGGUGACCGCGCGCGAUGAUGUGCCGUUCUUUGGUCCAACGCUACCACAACCGUCCGUUUUCAAGAAGGGUCCAGAGCUGAAGGAGUUUCUCCUUACGAAGCUGAUCAACGCGGAGAACGCCUGCUACAAGGCGGACAAGUUUGCGCAGCUUGAGUUGCGCACGCGGUCCUCGCUGCUGCAGAACCUCGUCGAUGAGCUGAAGGAGAAGACGCGCGAUUUUCUCGGCGCGGACAUGGUUGGUGGUGCGAGCGGAGUGCCCACAUCUCCAACACCGGAGACACCCAAGUCGGAGGGUGGGUUUACUGGAUCUCGCUUUAUCGACACGGUUAAGAAGGCGCUGAACGCGAGGUUACGCUCGCAAAAUUCGGACCCCACCAACAACGGUAGCGGUGCGAGCAGUGUCGACACCACCAGCAAGCAUCACAAUUCCAUGAAGAAGUCCAAGGACGGUACCAGCCUCGUGUCGGAUAUGCCAUGCGGUCCGGGAGGAGCGGUCAAUAUUGGACGAUCACUGUCAAAGAGCAGUACUACUGGAUCGCGCAAAUCACCCAACGAUUCGGUUGCAUCCUCGCCGGACAUCACCUCCCGAUGCUCCCUCAAUCCUACGCUCACCAACAACAACAAUAGUAACGCUCCAAACAACAACAACAACAACACGAUCGGAAAGACCCACUCGAACGGUAACACGAACAGCAAUGGUACUGCCAAUGCCGGUGGCAACAACAACAAUGGCCCGGUAGCCAUGUCCGAAACCAGUGACGAUUCAAGCCUAAACAGUGUUGAUCUCGAUCCGAUGGUUUUUCUCCCAACGGUAGAUGCUGGUGCCACGUACAUCGAUAGUGACACGGGUCUUGAAUCCAUGUCAUCGGCGGAUGCCACCACCAAGGCCUGCUCGCUCUGCCUCGACGGUACGGGUUCCACGAACGGUGGUGGUAGUGUCGUUAGCGUUAGCAUCAGUGGCGCAAGCGUUACGAUCGAUGGCAGCGGAACUACGCGCGAGCUGCGAAACAGUGGUGGCAGUGCGAGCUCCGGCACGGGAUCUACGGCCAGUGCCGGCUGCGGUGGCAUGGUCGGUGGUGUGCAGGGUCCGGGUGUGCUGGCGCAGGAAACGCUCCAGCAGGUGGAAGGCAUGCGGCAAGAGAUAACGCGCCUGAAAUGUGAUAAAUUGGAUCUCCUUCGGCAGAAUGUGACCUGCCAACGUGACAUCAAGCGUCUACGUGAACGUGAAUUAUCGCUACAAGGUGACCUGGCUGCCGCCGGCAAAGAGAUCCUCCGAUUACGCGACCUGCUGAAGGAAUGCUUACCGACCGCAGUGGCCGACCCGAUCUAAACCCAGCCGAAAGAUCGUUGUGCAGCAAAGCGUUCUUCGGUGCAGUUGUUGAUUGUUUUUGUUUGCAAUCAACCAACAGCUACUAAGUUAGUUAGUUGCCCUCCUUACCUUACCGGCGUCUGUACAGUCUUUUUUUUUUGUUUACUACAUUGUUUGUUACUUUCCCCAUGUGGUCUAUGCGUGGCCAGUCUAAAGAAUCGUUCGACAAGCGCUCUCGAAUACACGUUGAUCCGUGUAGUUAUUCGUGCGGCAUUCGUUGGCAUUAUUCAGCAUGAAGAUGGAUGGACGCACAUCGCCCGUCUAACAUCGUUCUAUUUAUUUCAGUCUACUUUUAGAGAACCUUUUAGACGGGAUGCAAUCACCGGAUAGGUGAUAAUAGUUUAGCGACCCCUAACCAAUGAGUUUUGGCAGCAGAACGAAAAAAAGGCAUAAAAGGAAAACAAACGAAAGUAUUUACUUGAUAGUUUCUCAUAAGGUGAACAGUAUGAUGGUUAGACGAAUGGACAGAGUGUCGUUUUCUUAGUACCCCCCCUACUUUCCGCGAGUGUGUGUGUAAAGACUGUUGUAUAUAAAUGAAAACAUUG